UUGAUGAAUAGAAUCGCUGUCAAAAGCGUUAGAAGGAGAGGAGCGCUUGUUGAUAGAAAGACAGCUGUGACAGAGAGCAGAGGAAGAAGAGCUGCGUCAUGUCUCGUCCUUAGGCUUAAAUCUAGUUAUUCAUCCGCGGAGGUGGACAUCAGGGAGAGUUUGCUCAACUAUUACCGUCCCGGGCUUUAAUCUGUGGCUAAUCCUUUUUUGUUUGUUUGUUUUUCUCUGGAAAGAUAUGGACCCCGGAACAUCUGAAGCUUAAAUGCGGGUUCACAGCUCUGAGCGUGCAGAGAUUAAUUUUUUUUCCUAGAUUCAAAAAGUUCUCUCGUCGGGAGGAAAAGCUUUUGCAAGGAACCUCUGAGGGCCCUCAUCAUCAUGGUAAACAGCCAAGUUUCAGGCAUACCUCCGGGCCCCAGGUUGUGUGCAGGAUGUGGGGGGAAGAUUGCUGACCGCUUUCUGCUCUUUUCCAUGGAGCGCUACUGGCACACACGCUGCCUCAAAUGCUCUUGCUGCCAAGCUCAGCUGGGGGACAUUGGUACCACCUGCUACAGCAAAGGGGGCAUGAUUCUUUGUCGGAGCGACUACAUCAGACUGUUCGGGCAUAGCGGGGCGUGCAGCGCCUGUAGCCAGUCCAUCCCAGCCAACGAAAUGGUGAUGAGGGCACAGGGAAAUGUUUACCACCUAAAGUGUUUUAGCUGUGCCACCUGUAGGAACAGACUAAUGCCUGGCGAUCGCUUCCAUUACAUCAACGGUACGAUCUUCUGUGAGCAUGACAGACCGGGUGCUACCUUGCUCAACAGCCACCUGCCGCCACUCCAGAACAGCUCUGUGCUGACAGACCAGAAGGUAUGCUGAGUGGUAAAAGUGCCAUGUGUUGGGCUUGCCUUCCCUUCCCAAGCUUCACUCGUCCUUCUCUCUUGAUACUAUUGCCGUUGUUGUUGUGGAUUCUUAUCACCACCCACCUGCUUCUCUUGCCCCUAGAGAGGACACAGUUUCUCGCUCAAGAUAUCCCAUGGCUCAUCAUAUCAGAGAGACUCUCUGUACUGCUUACAAAGUCCUGUUUAUGUUGUGGUCAAUGUUAAAGUGGUCCGUGCAAAGACUCAGGAGUUGCACCGAUAUAAGGCUCCUACAGGACAAAAGGAAAAGCUGGAAGAAAAUAGCACCAACUGGAAGAGAGAACAAAAGCUGCUUGAGUGAAUGUUUGACUGACUGCUGUAAAAUCAUUGUCACAGUUUUGCUUUAUGCCAUGUGGCAUUAUUUCCUCAGAGCAUCAGUGUUUUUUUUUUUUUUUUUUUUAAAUAAACUCCCGAUCUCUCUCUCGCUCUCUCUCAUAUAUAUAUAUAUUAAUCUGGAGAUCUGACACUGAGGACUGGAGAUAAAAUUGAUGGAUGACAAAAAUCAGAAAAUGUUCAGUCAUGUGAAAGCCCUUAAAUGAGAUAAAAAGUCUGCGCCAGAAACUUUUUAAAGCUCUUACAGGAAAACUAAAACCUGUCACUGUUUUGUCACAUAUUGAUUUGUCUUGUGACCUGCACAAAGAAGAAGUGAAAGGAUCAAGUGAGAGUUUUGUUUUUCUUCUGUACAUUUUUAUUUCUAUAUCAGAUGCCUCUUCAGUGGUAGUGGUGGUGGUGGGGGUGUGGCAUUGAAAAGAAAAAUCCUAUUAAAACAAUUUUCCUGUAACAUGUCACAAAGUGAGCUGAGGUCACUGUGAAGCCCGUUAGCCGCAUUAGUGGCAUUGUGUUGCAUGGUACCUAGCAUGGUUGAUGUUGCUGGUGCUCUCUCACUCUCUUUCACCCUGUAUGGUGAAAACAUGCCUGAUUACCCUGAGGAAUGGAAUUAGGGGGCUUGAGCUCUGACCAUUUACAGAAGCAAUUAAACAUGAUCCCUGUAUCUGUGCUGCCUGGAGCUCCUGGGAGGCUGAACUUGGGGCAUAUCCCAAGGCUGACUGGCUCAGUGGCUGCCUGCCUCUUAUAAAGCUUAAUCUGAAAGCAGGCUAAUUAAAGGGGAUGUAGCCCCUUCUAUAUCCUGGGCAUUUGAAACAAUCUGAUGUAUUUACUGUUUAUCAUGUUCUAAUUAAAGCCCCCAC